AUGUACUUCCUCAAAGAUCAAUUUGAUAAAAAAUCACUCGUCCUAGCAUACGGUCCUCAAAGCCCAAGCGCUUCCUACGGUGAGCUUUGGACCAAGAAUCUUUACCGAAAUGGUACCGCGAAUCUGGACUCAGUCGAAGCCUUCACGGCGCGAUUGACGAGAUCAAUGUCAGCUUCCAUUCGACUAUUCGGCUCGAAGAGGAGCGAGAAGUUCGGUUUUGUCCAAGGCGACGCGGUGCAGACUGACACGUGCGUACAAGUGCGGUGGGGCUGGGUCGCUUUCCCAGCUUGCAUCGUGGCCAUGACGUGCAUUUUCCUUGCAAUUACGGUCUGGAAGAUACACCGUAGUGAGGCCAAGUAUGGAAAAAGGACGUGGAAAUCUUCGAGUUUGGCAGUGCUCUUUGGAGGGUUGGAUGAAGCGAUUCGCCAGCAAUGCGGAACAAUGACUAGAAAGAGCGAGAUGCUGACUUGUGCGAAGGAUUUGGAAAUAAGUUUGAGACCCCAGCAAAAUGGUUGGAGGUUAACUAAAGGGGACUAG